AUGGCGGACGCACUCCUCUCGGCUUCGCUUCAACUUCUAUUCGAUAGGUUGGCUUCUCCGGAGUUCAUAAACUUCCUUGGGCGACACUAUCUCAGCGAUGAACUUCUCCGCAAGUUGAAGAGGAAAUUGCUAGUUGUCCACAAAGUGCUCCAUGACGCGGAGGUGAAGCAAUUUUCGGACCCACUAGUCAAAGAGUGGCUGGUCCAUGUUAAGGAUGCUGUGUAUGAUGCGGAGGACCUGUUGGACGAGAUCGCUACCGACGCUUUGCGGUCCAAGAUCGAAGCUGCUGACUCCCAAACCGGCGGACCUCAUCGGGCGUGGAACAAGUUCUCUGCUUGGGUUAAGGCUCCAUCUGCUACUCUAAGCAUGGAGUCCAGGGUGAAGGAGAUGAUUGCGAGGCUUGAGUCUAUUGCUCAAGAAAAAGUUGGGCUUGGGCUGAAAGAAGGUGGGGGCGAGAAACUGUCACCAUCACUAGGCUCCAUAUCCCAACCUAAAUAA